GGUACGUAAGGAUCUCAGCUUCAGUCCCCCCUGCAUCCCCACUAGCGUGGAGACUCAUGAUGCCAAAACUACGCCCACCUCAGAGGCAGCACUUCUCUCGGAGCCUUCACGCCUCCAGAAGUGCCCCCACCCUCAGGGAUACUGCCAGAAGCGUAGCCACUUUCAGAACCACACCCACGAGAGCCAGCGCUGUGCUCAAGUUGAGUCCUGCGUACAGGAGCUCCUACAAAUCCGGAAAGGAUAGGAGCGAGACCUGCGAGGCGCCCAUCUUGGAAGAAGUGUGCAGUUCUGGAGAGGAGGCAGGGGAGGGAGAGGUGUCCCCCGAAGGGUCUUUCCGAGGCUCCCUAAGAGGCUCUCCCUCCCAUCGCUCACAAGACUCAGGUUAUUCAGACUCUGGUGAGUCAACCAACGCUCACACGGACAGUGACGGGUCUCCAAUCACGCCUCCCAACAUCAAACACAUCAGCCGCGUGUACUUCAGGGACAGCGUAGAGGAAACGAAUCUUUUCAGCGGCAAGAAAGUCAGUCCAGCGGAGAGAUCAGAACAAACCACGAAUUCAGAGGCCAGUAGUCCAAGUAACCGCAGCUCUUUCCUGGACAGCCCAGCCAGCAGCCAGCCCAGCCCAUCCAGCGACACCUCCACAGGCCAUGAAGAACUUUCGGAGGAGCUCGAGCACAAAAGUCUCCUUGAGACCGUGGCGAGACACACCGGUGCUAUUAGGAAACGCAGCACCAUUACUUCCAGUACAGCAUCUACAAGAAGAAACGCGCAUCGACGCAGCGUCAGUAGCGACAAGCUGCAAAACGACCAAAGAAGCGAUAACCGUCGGCCGGCACCGCUGAAGGCAAGACGUCGAUGGUCAGCGGCUGACAUGCAGCAGCAGCAGCAGCAGCAGCAGCAGCAGCAGGUGGUGGCAUCGUCUGGAGAAACCUCGUGCGGCGUCUCGAAAGGCACAACCAACUGUGAACUGUCCAUCCAAAGUCACGGCAGGGUUAGCGGGAGGGUGGGCGGGGCUGCCUCACUGGAUGCCCUGGACGAUCCCGUGCCAGCCUGGCGGGUAGCCGGCGAUGCCCCGCGGCCACACGUCGCUCGCAAAAUUAGGAUACAUCCCACGGCCGUAGCGCAGGAGAUGAGGAAUGGAUCUGUGAGUCACUGGCUGAAGGAAUUACGCACCCUGUACGAGGCGGAGUGCAUGAACACUUUGCAGUCCAAGUCGCUACCUGGAGACCACAGUGGACUGCCCCUCCAGACGCCACCCACGGCUCGCCACGCCGUCAGGGCCAUCCAGCGCCGCGCCCACGAAGUCUCCACCGAGUUCGCCAGACUGUGCCAGCGCCUGGAGUGGCUGGAGCUGACGCAGGUGCCGCCGCUGGCUGAGUCUCUUGUGGAGCACAUCAACACCUUCCUGAGGGACUACACCACCCAGUGGGCGGCCGCAGACCCCGACCUGCAGCCCCAGUCAUCGCUGAGUCGCCAGAGUAAAGUGAUCCGGCAAAUCUGUCAGCGACUGAUGGAGGUUUGUAACAACGACAAUGACGACCUGGACCGCGACACGACCCGUCAGGUGGUGCAGGUGGUGACGGCGCUGGGCCACGCCUUCACCAAGCUGGUCGACCUUAUGCUGAGCCGCGAAAUCAAGGAGGUGGUGCGAAUGUUGGAGGAAACUCGGGUGGAUGAAGUGAGGUCCUCUGUAUCCCACCUCACGGCGCUGGGUGUGGACGGAGGGCACAUAUGUCGCCUCAUCGCGCGCCUCGGUGGUGUGCGGGGACUGCUCGGCGUCUGUUUAGAGCCGCGGCUUCACCACGUGCGGGUUGCGGCGCUGCGAGCCCUGGCUACAGUGUGCUGCGUGGUCGAGGGCAUUGUCGAAUUGGAGAAGGCAGGUGGAGUGGAGGUAGUGGCGGAAGUGCUGUGUGACGCUGAGUGCACUGAGGAGGAGCGAAGUGAGGCCGCCGGCGUGCUGGCACAGAUCACGUCACCCUGGGUGGAGAAUACCCAUCGCCUCACUGCUCUCCACACCCACCUCACACCUAUCGUCGCCGCCCUCACUGAACUGGCCAAGUGGACGCGCUCGGCUGAAAUUUUCCUGCUGGCCGCUGCGGCGUUGGCCAAUCUGACCUUCCUCGACGGAGGGUGCGUGGAGGCCAUGAUGGCAGCCGGCACCGCCUCCGUCCUCCUUCGAACCGCACAAGACAAUCCCAACAUCUCCAUCUUCACCAAAGACCAGAUCGCGACGGUGUUGGCCAACUUGGCGGGGUCGAGGGAGGCGGCAGAAGAGGUGGUGGAGAGUGGGGGAGUGGCAGUGCUGCUGGGGCUCCUCAACACCCGUCCUGCCCCAACCCACCGCCUGCCAGAGGUGGCCACGGCAGAGCGAGUCCAGCAGAAGUCGGCCAUCGCUCUCUCCAGGCUGUGUCGCGAGGCGUCGGUGGCACGACAGGUGGCCGAGCAGGGCGGCGCCAAGCGGCUGGUGCGCCUCUGCAAGGACGAGAGCGAGAGGAACCACAGCGACGCCGUCCUCGUCGCUUGCCUGGCGGCGCUGCGUAAGAUGUCAUCCUCGCUGGGAUCUGAUGGGCUGCGUGGCGUGGACGCGGCGGAGCUGGUGGAGCCGCGGCUGCUGGACUCCUUUCUUAUCUACUCCUCACGGCAGGAGAGUUAUGUGUAGAGGACAUGACAGCGACAUUGCCGUCAGGUGAUCUGCAACUUCCGGCUGUACGGAAGCAUCUCGCGGAAACUCACCUGACGGAGGCCAGCGUGACCCACCGCCGCACCUCACCUUCGUGUGUCCCAAACAACACGAAUCAACAGGAACAUUUCCCGAGUCCAGUGUGGUGCAUUUUUCAACAGGAAUACAAAUACGAAGCUUUACGCAUGUCCAAGUAUUCACACACACACUCCAACACUCUUCACUCUUAUCUUUUGUGUCUUUUCACUGUGGUGUUAGAAGCGCCAGCUAACUCCAGAUCAAAAAUUGGAAUGUACCAAUGUUUGUGUGUGCGUGAGUGUUCUUCCAAUUUUCUUUUCUUUACAUACAUAACACAAAGCUUAGAGAUGGACACACAGUUUCUUCUUAUACACUGUCAUAAGUUUAUUAUUAUUUUUUCUUUCAAAACUAUAUAUUUUAUUAAUGAGAAGAUGAUUGCUGAUGACGACGAUGAUGGGUAUCGACGCAGGGGCCGCGCGGCCGCUGCCACUACUAGUCAUGGAUCAGAACCAAAUAUCACCAAUCUUGUUUAUAUCACCUCGUUGUAUGUACAUUCCACAUGUUGUGAUAUAUAGUGUAAAUAUAUUUUAAUAAUUACAUUCUAAA